AUGGUGAAGCCGGACCGUGACGCAAGGCCCAAGGCUUCAGCACCGGUGCGGCAACGCAAAUGGCAUUCCAGAGUCUUCACGGGCUGUGUCAACUGUCGCCGGAGGCAUGUCAAAUGUGAUGAAUGCACGCCUUCUUGCUCAGACUGCACUCGUCUAAAUCUUGUCUGCAAUUUCGACCGCAAGUUUGUCUUCAAGGCCGCCAAACAAGCUUCCUCUCCGGGGACAAAGAGUGACAAGAGCGACAAGGCCUCAACUACGUCCUCUGAACCACGAGCAUCCAGCAGAUCCGGCUCGGCAUCAAGUGGUGAAGAUGGUGCGGAUGAGUUCAACUCUCGAGAACCAUUUUCUACUGAUUUUGUCGCCGUGGCGUGCACUCCGUCCCCUUCAGGCUCGAAAAAUCUGUCGUCAAGUCUGUCUAUCGUAUCGGAAGACUUUACGUUUCAUCAUACAAAUGCCAGUUUCCCCGUCAAAGGCCAACACACGGCCGCCUACCACUUCGAGGCUGCAGAAGUGCCACAGCAAAUCGGUCUAAGCGACAACCUCUACUUGCACCAUUUCCUUGAGACUGUCUCAUCCUAUCUCAUCAUUUAUGACACGCCUUCGAACUCAAAUCCGUACCGACAGCUCCCGGUUCUGAUGAGCAACUCUGGUUUGCUUCGAGAUGUCGUGGAGGCCUUUGGUGCCAUGCAUAUUGCUGGCUUACCAGGAACUCGGAAUCGUCAAGUCCACCAUAGUGCAGCCAUGAAGGCGUACGGCAACGUUGUCACUCAGCUCCGAGAUGCUGUGACAUGUAACCAAGGUCGGCCCACACUAGAGCUUUUGGCAACCACGCUACUUCUCUGCAUGCUUGAAAAAAUGUCGUCUAAUGACGCGUCGUGGAAGAUUCAUCUCGUGGGGGCCGCGCAGAUAUUGCAGUCGCUGUAUAGUCCACGGGUAGGCCUUCUUCCAUCAAAUCCCACCGCCAAAAACAGUGAGAUGGAGUUGUCGAGCGUGGCUCACACACUGCCUCUACGGCGAUAUCUGGUUUCUCUCAUGGCGUAUCUGGACGUUGCCGCAUCUUUGGCAACGGGAGACGGGCCAUUGAUACAGGGCGACUAUUGGGGAAAGCUUUGGGGGCGGAUGGGAAUACAACAUCGGGGUCCCCAGUUUCGCCAAAGUCCGGUCACCGGUCGACCGCACGAUGGGUCAGAUACGUCAAUCUUGGUCGCGAAUCAUGUCUAUCCAGACAGACAUCAGCAGAUUCGUCAAGAUGGAAACGGAGGGGUUAACACAGCACCAGAGGAAAUUGUACUACAAUGA